AAACAAACUAAGUCGUCCAAACCGAACGAAAAGCAAUGUGGAUCCUAGACAAAACUCCUUCAAGUGGUAAAUGUAGCAGUAGCACAAAUAGCCAUGUCGAGUUACUCGCUAACAAGGACUAUCUUGUUGGGCGUAAAGAAGGCGACAUCGUAAUCCCAGGCGACCCCUCCAUAAGCAGACGACAUGCCACGCUCCGUGUCAAACAUGUAGAGAGCCACCUGGCGUACCCACAUCUCCUGCCCGAGCUGAAACUGUCGGAGUGGUCGAAGUAUGGGACGUACGUGAACGGGGCGAAGCUUGCCGAGACCACAACAGUGGAGCUAAAACAUGGAGAUGUCGUUCAGUUUGGAACGCUGCAAAGUCGCUACAGUGUCCGCUACAGUAGAUUUGUUGUGACAACGUCAUGCGUCGACACAGAGGACAAGCACUCGCUGAAGGCGCACAUCCUGCGACUGGGAGGACACCUGGUGGCCGACUGGAGGAAGGACAGCACGCACCUGGUGAUGAACAAGAUCACCGUCACGAUCAAGGUCGUGUGUGCGCUCGUCUCUCAGCGUGCCAUCGUCACCCCUGCGUACAUCCUCGACCUUACCACAGCCAUUGAGACGCGUGCCAGCCACCCACAGCCACACCGGUAUAUUCCUGCACUGGCCGAGACCAGCAUUAGCACAGCGGAUGUCUCCUUCCUCCCGAAUCAAUGCAGAUCGUCCAUCUUCCAGGGCAAGACCUUCAUCUUUCUCUCCUCUAGGCAGUUCAAGAAGCUGUCGCUAGCAGUGAGUCUGGGUGGUGGCCAACCCGUGCUCAUGGAGGAGGACACGGAUGACAACGACGACAGCGUGCUAAUAGCGCCCCCUACGUGCGUCAUGCACUGUAACCCGUCCGACACGUCGCAGCGACUCACGCAGAACGCGCGCUCGUGGGUCGUUCACGUCAUGAAGCAGCUGAACAAGCAUGGCAAGCGUGCGAUACUGGACUCUGAGCUUGGUAUGGCUGUGCUGUUCUGUUCUACUGCACACUACUGUAACCCGGAUGAACCAGUGCAGGACAGCAUGGUCGUAGCUCACAUGCCGUCUCAGACAUUUACAGAAGGCUAUGCUCCAGAUACAGAACCACCGCAGAUGAAGAGACUGCGAGUGGACCAACACCCAGAUGAUGUCGCUGUUGUGAGGGACAGCUUCGCGAUGAAGAACCACUCCAUGAAGUCACAAAGCGGCGACACCUCUAGGUGUGACGACGAGUCCCUAUCUACGUUCCGAUGCCCCCUUCCAGCCACUUCACGUCCCAGUGCCCCUGCUGACCUCCCCCUGCCAAUUAGUGGAGAAGUAUGCAUAAAGCCAGAGCUAGACAGCGAGGGCAGUGCAUGGGAUCAAAGACCUAACCCGAAGAAGAGGAAACUGGCAAAGGUCACAGAUACUUCAAGAGAGAGUGAGGAUUUAUUCAAGGGAUCCAUCGUGGCGGCGACCGCUAACAGCCAACCUGACAGGGUGGAUGUGAAGAUUGAACCGUCAUCACACCCGGGCACGCCUGUGACAUCGUGCGAAGCUGUAGACACAGGUGCAACAUCACAUGUGAAUAGUGGAGAACCUGCGAUGGGACAGAAGCGUGAACAACCGGAGCCAGUGGCGAAGCAUGAUGGUCGCCCUGUGACACCACAGGACGACGGUGACAGACAUGUGACACCACAGGACCUGACGGACCUGUGACGUCAUGGACGC